CCCGCCCUCCCUCUCGUUCAUUUUGCAGCUGCCCGAUUUUCGAGGCGGAGGAAAGACCAUUCUGCCCCUAGAGCUGGAGGAGGUGAGGAGUCUCGUUUUUUGCCCCUCCUGCUCAGGGAACAAUGGAACCGUCUGAUAUUCGGGGCAAGGAAGACACCGUGCGGGGUUUCUGAUCGGGGAGCUGCAGUCUAUCCCGCCAGCCUUUUCCCCAUCCUCUUCGGCCGUGGAUUUGCUUCGUCGCUCCAGAAAGCCUCUUGAAUGUGUGUGUGUAAAAUUGCUGGUCUUCUUCGCUAGUUUAUAACAGCCCCUUAGAACUCAUGCCGCCGCCUCCUCCUCCUUUGGAACUCACUGCCUCUUGAUUGCUCGCAAAAAGUUCUUGGAAGAGAAGAGCAGAGGAAAGGAGAAUCAUGGUCCUUACGCAUCAAGUAUUGGGGUUUGCACCCCUUUCUUUCCUAUCCUCUUUCGUGCUCACUGAUUUCUAGGUGGCCGGUUGCCCCUGCUCCUUCCCCUGCCUGCUCACUUCUUUGUAGCCGGUGGGGAUGUCGCGAUUGCUUCCUCCUUCCUUUGUCUUCUUCACACGAUCAGGGAGACCGAAACCGUCCUAGAUCUUCACAGACACAGGGAAGAUGUUGCAAAGUAUUGGCCUGACUCUCCUCGUCAUCGUGGCUACUUUGUUUUUUGUCUUGCUGUUCAUGCUCUGUGGUUGGUGCGUGGUCUGGCAGCUCUUCUUAUCCAAGUUUAAGUUCCUACGAGAGCUGAUAGGAGACACGGGAUCCCAGCAGGGGGAUAAUGCAAAUGCAGAACCCGAAGCUGAACAGGAUGCGCUCCUCACUCCGCAGAGAGGCAGGCAGAAAUCUGCACGUCAGCGAAGGGGACCGGCCGAAGAAGCAAGCUAAAAUGAAAUGACGGGGGUAAUUUCCAAACAAACGAUGAGCAACGUCGGUUAAAUGGUUUGUUUCUACCCAAGUGCGAAGCAAGAAAACCAAACUAUUUCCAAAGAAGUGCAGACAACAUUUUUUAAAGCAAAAUGGCAGUUAGGGGAGAGAAGGAAAAUCAAAAGAAGCAUCUUGUGCUUUCCGGGCGGGGUUCUGGGGAAGAGAAGUGCUAAUUUUCUGUUCCUCACCAGUUUUGCCCAGCUUUUGCACAAGGGUGAACACGAUCAACUCCGCUGGCUACAGACAUCUUUAUAAGACUAUCACUAAUAGCAAUUAACCUUUGAUCUUUGUGUACCCAUUUUGUAUAGAAACAUGUUACUUUUAUGUAUAAACUCUAUGAAUAUUUCUAAGUGGUGUCACCCCACGCCCCCACCCCAGGAUAAAACAAAUAUUAGGUCCGUGUAAGGGCUCCAUCAACCAAGUUAAACAUAAUCAGAACAUGAAAUUUGGCAUUUGAUUGUAUGCCUGUUUUCAAGCAUCUUUAAAAAUGAAAACAUUUUGCCAGAUUAGUGCAUAACUGUCAAUGUUUAGGGAAAUCCCUUCUGUUUUCCCUUAAUACAGAGAAGAGGAGCAUCUGUUACAAAUCCUCAUUUGAUAUCAUUUUUUAAAGGAACUAACCAGUUGGCUUUAAAAUGGACCUUUUUUUCCCUCUGGUUUGCCUUUUCUUGUUUUGCACCAAAAAUCAACUGAAACUAACUACGGAACUACUCCGAUGUAGCUCCGGGGAUUACAUUUUAUUACAGUCUCACUGUUGUGCGAAGUGGUUUGACCAAGAACUUUGUUAAUUAGUGUUGUUCUUCCAACUUCCCCUUUAAGAGCUGCACCUGAUGAACAUUCAUGAAUGUCUGCUUGAAUUAUGUAUACAGCAGCCCAGAUAGUAGCAUCAAAGUUGUAGCCAAAACUGAACGAGAAGAUAUGCCGACUUUGAACUUUGAAUUGGUGCUAAAGAAGAAUUGAUCACGAUUAUGACACCUCCAAGAAACUCUUAACCUGUUUUUUUCUUGGUGCACUUUUGUUCGAUGUUCUUGAUGCUCUGCUCAGAAUUUUUAAUUUUGCUCAGCAGAAGCUGUAGAAAAAGCUCUUAAUAGUUCACCGUUGCUAAAAGCAAACCCUCCUGAUGAUAGUGCUGUUCUCUUGACUAGCUAUUUUGACCUUUGGAGGCUUAAAUGUGGAUGAAAAACUUUGUUGAUUUUAUUUAUUUUCUGGUAGCAAUUGAAUAAGUAAAUGGCUUUUAAAGAUCUGUACAAUAUUGACAAGCUCACAAGUGGAUUUGAAGCUUCCCCCCUUCCUCCCCAUGACAUCCUACCAUUCAGUUGUAUGCAGUGGUUGCCUUAGUGUUCGUCUUUUUGUCGCUGCUGCUGUUCUUUGCAGCGUAUAUCAAACAGGGUUUAGGAUUGCUGGUGAUAUUUCUCAAGUAGGCUUUUGCCCUUAAAAAUUAACAUGCAAUGCUCAAUCCUUGAAUACAAGAUCUUACUAAUAAACAUCUGUUUGUUUGUUUGUUUGUUAAAAAAAAAGCCACUUCUAGCUGUACAUGGUAGAAGCAAGUACUUGAAAUAAUGCCAAUUGUAUUCAGAGUAAUCGGACUCAGGUUUUCUCACUUACCACAGACACAAUAUUUGCCUUACAGGAUUUACAUCCUGACAUGACAGGCUUAAUAAUGUCAGUUUUUUUUUUUCAUGAACCUCAAAAAUAGUUUUAGGUACCAUUUCUGUUUAUCAAAACAAAUAAUCAAUCUUUACUCCUCCUGGAAUAAAGUUUGCAAAUGUGAAUGUUGGGAUUCUAAUCCGAUGGGAGAGAUAGUUGUAACUAGGGAGAGGUGGUUCCCUCAAAUAUCUCAGUCCUAUGCCAUGUAGAGUUAGGAUGACUUGUUUAAGUGUGAAGGUUUUCUUUCAUUCAGUAAAGCAAGUAGAAUAUGUUGGGGAAGCUUUUUGUGUGUGUGUGUGUUUUUCGAAAGGGAAACUAGGAAGUCACUUCUUCCUGACAUUAUGAAUUAUAGCUAACACUGUCCCACAAGUGAUGCUGCUGGUACAACUUUGGUACGAAUAAUGCUGCUUCCCAGAACGUAGCACUGUUUGAACAACAUUUGCACAUUAUAUGUAUGCUUGAUACAGUUCCAAGUCUUUUCCGAAUCAUAUAACAAGUAAUCAUAUAACAAGUUUCUGUCUACAUAAUCUUCUGUCAUUGGGUGAUGUAUGGCCAUUUUUUAAAAAAAUUGAAAAUUGAUUCACAGAUAUGUCCUACUAGUGAACUUUGAUCAGCUCAUUAAAGGAGAAGGCUCUGAGGACAUUGAUGAAGGCCUUUGUUUUUCUUAAUGCCAAAUUGAUGAACGUGUGACGUCUGGGAUAUCUCCAGAGCAGGACAGAAAAGUAAAAAUGGUGGCCGCAACUAUAUAAUCGAACUCUUUCCCCUAUUUAUUUGUAUCGUGGGGCUUCACAUGGUACAGUCAUUCUACCAUCUUGGAUAGGAGAUUAAAAUACAGAUCAGAUAGUAGUAAAAGCACUCUUGCAUUUACAUGUGCCAUUCCCAUCUUAGAAUUUGGGGAGGGAGGGAGGAUGGACGGUUUCAGCAUUUGAUAAAAUAAAUUAAAAAUGUACUAGGUUACUGCUUGAGCACUUAUGUGUCAGUUUUACCUAAUUAAGUAGAACUGGGCCAGUCAUUUGCCCCAAAGUUAAAGUUACUUACUAUGUUAGUGGUGAAGCUGUGGUUUGGUCCAUUUCAAUGUAUUCUUUCAGCUAAUCAUGGAAUGCAAGACGUUAAUGCAAACUAAAAUACGUAUAUUUGUAUAGUUUGAGAAAACAGAAUUUUAGCAAUGUAAUUGAAAGGAUUUUAUUUAAAAAAAAUGGAUGUUCCAAGAAAUAAACUUAUAUCUGUGAAUAUUAGACACAGCUUUAUCUCAUGUGAUUUUAUGAUUGAUGCAAUGCAGUCCUAUGCAAUCUUAUUCAGAUUUCAGUGAUGUUUAGUGGCAAAUCUGUGCGUGUGCUAGACAGUGGCCAUUAUCCGGUUUAUUUGCAGGCUCUCUCUACCUGGGAAAUAGCAUUGAAUCUAGGAAUUGAUUAUGACAAGCAGCAAUGGCACCAUUUUGUAUAUGAAACACACAGGCUGACACUGUUUUAUGGUUUGAGUUUUGCCAUUUCUGAAACGGCUCUUAGCCUCAAGUUUCAGCUGAACGUUAAAAAAAAAUAGCUAAAACAUUUUAGCUGUCGAUGAACACUUCAGAAUGUAAACCCCUGGAUUUAAAUAUGCAUAGUAAAAUACCUAUUUAUAUUGCUAAGUUUUUAGAAUUGCAGUAAUCAACAAAUUGAUUGCAUAGUUGAUCUGUAGUCUACGGUGAAAAAAACCCAAGCGUGGAGACAUUUCUUAUACAGAUAGUCCUCAACUUACAACAGUUCAUUUAGUGACCGUUCAAAGUUACAACUGCACUGAAAAAAGUGACUCAUGACUGUUUUUCACACUUAAUGACCGUUGCAACAUCCCCAUGGUCAUGAUCAAAAUUCAGAUGCUUGGCAACUGACUCGUAUUUAUGACCAUUGCAGUGUCCCGGGGUCAAGUGAUUCCUUUUUGUGAUCUCCUGACGAGCAAAGUUAAUGGGGAAGCCAGAUUCACUUAACAACCAUGUUACUAACUUAACAACUAUAAUGAUUCAUGUAACAACUGAGGCAAGAAAAGUGAAUUUUGCCCCAUUUUAUAACCGAACAAAUGUCUCACUUCGCAACAGAUAUGUUGGACUCAGUUGUAUCAUAAGUCGAGGACUGCCUGUAUAUGAAAUAAGAGCUGCUGAGAACACUCAAACAAGCACAUACAUCUAGCUGAAGAUCAAAAAGCCAAUUGCAAUUAGAGUAAUAAUUAGGGGGGGGCUGCAUUCUAAUAGGUAUAUUAUUUUUCUAGGCAGAUCACCUUUUUAGAUUCACUUGCUUGUAAAUAGCACAUCUAUCACUACUGUGGUACAAUUAUUAGAGGUCCCGUUGCAGAAAUGGAGUGGUUCUUCACAUAAAAGGCCCAUUUAUCAUUUAUUCAAAGCUAAUAUCAGCAUUUUGAGAAGCCUUAUAAUGAAUAUGUAUACCCUGGCCACUCAGAGUGGACAAGGAACCAACAAGGAAACGGAUUAUCCCAAUGUGUGUUCCAUUCUUGGACAAAUUCAGCAUUACAGCAUUCAGCUUUUUCUAUGCUCCUUGGUAUAUGAAAAAAAAAACCUGUACUAAUUGCUCUCAUGCUUUCUAUAUUCAUCAUGUUAAUUAUUUUUGUUUCUUUAUUUAAACUGAUUCCAUUAAAACAUGACAAAUAAAAUGUAAAUAAGCCAA